GGUACUUAAAAAAAAAAAAAAAAAAACUCGCCGACGCAAUCAAGUAAAAAGAAAUGACAGCAAAGCAAAUUGAUCAGACCAAUUUUGUCCUAAAAAUAAGCAAUAUUUUUUGUUUCCAAAAAAAAACAUAAACCAGUUUCUAAGAAUCUAAAGAAGAAGAAACAAAAUCUAAAAAUUCACUCCGGUUUCAUUGGACAACAGACUUGUCUUGUUCCUAUUUCAGAGGAAAAGGAUUUUUUUUUGGAGACAAAGAUUUGUGUGAGAAACAGUCCGAAGUUCAAUCUCUUCCCCACAUUUCGACUGCUAAUAAAACAAGCCUCUCCCCAAAUCCUUUAUUCUAGCCUUUCCCUAACAAUGGCUCUAUUAACUAUUCAAUCUUUUUAAUUUGUAAUGAUAAACCUUUUUUUUAAAAAAAAUUAAAAAAAAAAAGUGAAAAAAAUAAUAAAAGAGUUUACCUGAGAAUUAGGUUCAGGAUGGCCUCAAGGAGCCUCUCCUAUACACAACUCCUAGGCCUCCUGUCCUUUAUCCUCCUCUUGGUCACACCCACCACUAUGGCGGUUCGUGUUGGAGUCAUUCUUCAUAAGCCUUCUGCUCCAACUCUUCCUGUUUUCAGAGAAGCCCCGGCUUUUCGAAACGGUGAUCAAUGCGGAACCCGUGAGGCUGAUCAGAUUCAUAUCGCCAUGACCCUCGACACAAACUACCUCCGUGGCACAAUGGCUGCCGUUUUGUCUCUCCUUCAACAUUCCACUUGCCCUGAAAACCUCUCUUUUCAUUUCCUCUCCCUUCCUCAUUUCGAAAACGACCUCUUCACCAGCAUCAAAUCAACCUUUCCUUACCUUAACUUCAAGAUUUAUCAGUUUGAUCCAAACCUCGUCCGCAGUAAAAUAUCGAAAUCCAUCAGGCAAGCCCUCGACCAGCCUCUUAACUACGCGAGAAUCUACCUCGCGGAUAUCAUUCCUAGUAGCGUUGACAGGAUCAUCUACUUAGAUUCGGACCUCGUUGUGGUAGAUGACAUAGAGAAGCUGUGGCAUGUCGAGAUGGAAGGUAAAGUGGUGGCUGCUCCCGAGUACUGCCACGCAAACUUCACCCAUUAUUUCACAAAAACUUUCUGGUCAGACCCGGUAUUGGUGAAAGUUCUUGAAGGAAAACGCCCGUGUUAUUUCAACACAGGGGUGAUGGUUGUGGAUGUAAACAAAUGGAGGAAAGGAAUGUAUACACAGAAGGUAGAAGAAUGGAUGACAAUUCAGAAGCAGAAGAGGAUAUACCAUUUGGGAUCAUUGCCUCCGUUUCUGCUGAUAUUCGCCGGUGAUAUAAAAGCGGUUAAUCAUAGGUGGAACCAGCACGGCCUCGGAGGGGAUAAUUUCGAAGGAAGAUGUAGAACGUUGCAUCCGGGACCGAUAAGUCUACUUCAUUGGAGCGGAAAAGGGAAGCCAUGGUUGAGACUAGAUUCAAGGAAGCCUUGUAUCGUUGAUCAUCUAUGGGCUCCGUAUGAUCUGUACCGUUCAUCAAGACAUUCAUUAGAAGAGUAGAGGCAAAAAAAAAACAAACAUUAAACACAUUACUCGUUACUAGGAGAGGAGAAGAUACAAACAAAGCAGGGGUUAUUUAGAGAUCAAAGAGAGCCAAAAAUGUUCAUUACAAAGUGAAAAAGUGUAAUGUUAACACAUUGUUGUGCAUUUGAGCUCAGAGUGUGUUUCAUCACAAGAGAUAGAUGGUGUUAUCAUCAUCAUUUUUUUUCUCCUUUCUUCGUUUUUUUCCCCUCUCUUUGAUUCAAACCUUUAGAAUAUUCCGCGUGUAAUAUACAUAGGUACAAAAAAAAAUGGAGGAUUAAAUUCAUUCUUUUUCUUCUUAA